AUGCUUGUGUGUGUGUUUCAGGGUGGCUGUCUGGUGGCAGUGGGGCUGGGAGUUGCAGCGGCAGGGUUUGCAGGUCGAUAUGCUUUCCACUUAUGGAGGCCUCUGAGUCAGGUGAUUACUGAAGCUGCUAAGAAGUUACCCUCUACGUCAUUUUCUGCAUAUUACAAAGGUGGAUUUGAGCAGAAGAUGACCAGACGGGAAGCCAGCCUUAUUCUCGGGAUCAGUCCGACCAGCAGCAGGGCAAAGGUACGGGAAGCCCACAGAAGCAUCAUGGUCCUAAAUCAUCCAGAUAAAGGUGGAUCCCCGUAUUUGGCAGCAAAGAUCAAUGAAGCAAAAGAUCUUCUUGACUCUGGCCCUCGGCGCUGACCCAGCUGCCCGCGCUACCCCAACGGAGAGUUACAUCUACUUCAGAGCCACCAACUCACCCAUGAGCCUCCACAAGUCAUUGUUCUCCUCCAUGUUUUUCUGCCAUAAAUCAGCUGACUCGCAGCAUACUGCAUUCUGUUCUAUCUGUCACUGUUCCCCACCACCACUUUAAUGCAAGUCGGCAAAGGUUGAUCCCUCACGUUAAAGGAUCUUCACGCUGUCCAUGUGAAAUAUCUUGCAGUAAUCUUUAUUAUUUAUUGAGGUGACUUGUGUAAUGUUUAACGUCUGCUGAAAUGGUGGAUACAUAAUGGUGGAUGUAUCUUUUCCAGUGGUCUAAAAAGCCUAAAGUAUUUCCUCUAACCAGCAGGGACCAGACUAUGUAGGUGUUAAGUUAUUUUAGCAUGCUGAAUAAACUGUUUUACAAAUCUGGAA